UAAUUAGCAAGUAUUUUAUGUAAUCAGCGUACAAAGUAGUAAUUGGUGUUCAAAUGAUGAUAAUUAGCAAGUAUUUUAUGUAUUAUAUAUGCCUAUAUAUUAUAUACCAAUGAGUUCAUAAUUAUUGAACUGAACUGAAGAGGCAUAUUAUAUUAUAUUAUAUUUGCACAUCGUCAAUAUAAAUUAUUUGACCGUUGGGGAGUUAAAAGCCCCUCUUUCCGGCUUUUUGACUUUCUUUAGAUCUCUAUGGGCCCCACGUGAACUUACCGUUUAGGUUGAACCGCCACUGUCCGAUCUCAUCCUUAAGGCGUGAUCAAUCAACGGUCCAGAUCUGUCGACCGUUUCAGCUGCCCGUUCCCCUUUAUCUUUCGUCCUUUUCGCUAUUCUCUCGAAGUAUUCAAAUUCAAAUGCUCUGCUCCAAAGAAGCCAGGGCUUCAUCUUCUUCUUCCUCUUUUCUCCUUGUUUCACCAUUCUUUCUUCAAAAUCUCUGAUUUGUAACCGGGUUUCUGUUUGAUUCCGUUUUCCCCAAGCUUUUUGUUGCUUGACUCUCGUAGAUCAAAGGGUUCACAGUUAGAGUGAACCAAAAAUGGUGAAAGCAGCAUGUUCUUCUCCGUCUUCUUCUCCAGUGACUAUAAUGGUCACGCCGGGAGGCAAAGGGACCGGCGACAGAAGCAUCGGCUUGACCAGCCCCAUCCCACGCGCCUCUGCCUCCAACAACCCCAAUUCUCCUCUCAGUUCCAGAGGCCCACGACGUACCUCCCUUAGCGGCGGAAACCGGAGAUCCAGUGGUGGAGGAAGAUACUGUUCGAUGUCUGUGGAAGAUCCGGCGGCUGAUAUGAGCUCCGAGUUCGUGAACUACACCGUUCAUAUACCACCGACCCCUGAUCACCAGACGGUCUUUGCAUCACAGGAGAGUAUGCCUGAAGAAGAUGAAGAUGAUGCGAUGAAGAAGGGAAAUAUACAUACCAGAAGCUUCAUCUCGGGCACGAUUUUCACGGGCGGGUUCAACUCGGUGACUCGUGGGCAUGUCAUUGACUGCUUGAUGGAUCGGACAAACACGGUUAAGAAACCGGGUCUUGUCUGCUGGAUGAAGGGUUGCGAUGAGAAGGCAGUUCAGGGGAGAUGCGAGUGUGGUUUCAAGAUAUGCAGAGACUGUUACAUAGACUGUAUCACAGGCGGUGGAGGGCAUUGUCCCGGAUGUAAAGAGCCUUACAAGGACAUCAAUGAUGAAGAAGAUGAUGAUGAAGAAGAAGAGGAGGAUGAAGAUGAGGCAAAGCCACUGCCUCAGAUGCCGGAUUCAAAGCUUGACAAAAGGCUUUCCCUUGUGAGGUCAUUCAAGGCGCAGAACCAACCUCCAGAUUUCGACCACACAAGGUGGUUGUUUGAGACCAAAGGGACUUAUGGCUACGGAAACGCUGUUUGGCCUAAAGAUGGAUACGGAGUUGGGUCGGGAGCUAACGGAAAUGGGUAUGAACAGCCUCCAGAUUUCGGGGAGAGAAGUAAGAGACCGCUAACCAGAAAAGUCAGUGUCUCUGCAGCAAUUCUCAGUCCUUACAGGUUACUCAUCGUUAUGCGACUGGUAGCUCUCGGUCUGUUCCUCACAUGGAGGAUUCGCCACCCUAACAGAGAGGCAAUGUGGUUGUGGGGAAUGUCAACGACCUGUGAGAUUUGGUUUGCCUUCUCAUGGCUGCUCGACCAGCUUCCAAAACUCUGUCCGGUUAACAGAAUCACCGAUCUAACGGUUCUGAAAGAACGGUUCGAGUCCCCUAACCUCAGGAAUCCCAAAGGAAGGUCUGAUCUUCCAGGUAUUGACGUGUUUGUCUCCACGGCAGAUCCAGAGAAAGAACCGCCCCUUGUCACUGCCAACACAAUCUUAUCGAUCCUAGCCAUCGAUUACCCUGUCGAGAAACUUGCCUGCUACUUAUCAGACGAUGGUGGAGCUUUGCUUACGUUCGAGGCCUUAGCUGAAACAGCUAGCUUUGCUAGGACCUGGGUGCCCUUUUGCAGGAAACACAACAUAGAACCGAGGAAUCCCGAGGCAUAUUUCGGGCAGAAACGGAAUUUUCUCAAGAACAAAGUGAGGCUAGAUUUUGUGAGGGAAAGAAGGAGAGUGAAGAGAGAGUACGAUGAGUUUAAGGUGAGGAUAAACUCACUGCCUGAGUCGAUAAGGCGAAGGUCUGAUGCUUAUAAUGCACAUGAAGAGCUGAGGGCUAAGAAGAAACAGAUGGAGAUGGGAGGCAAUCUUGCAGAACCUGUUAAAGUGCCAAAGGCCACUUGGAUGUCAGAUGGGUCUCACUGGCCCGGAACUUGGGCUUCUGGAGAGACCGAUCAUUCCCGAGGAGAUCAUGCAGGAAUAAUCCAGGCAAUGUUGGCCCCACCGAAUGCAGAACCAGUUUAUGGAGCAGAAGCUGAUUCUGACAACCUAAUUGAGACAACUGAAGUUGACAUCAGACUGCCAAUGCUGGUUUAUGUGUCCAGAGAGAAGCGACCUGGUUAUGAUCACAACAAGAAAGCAGGAGCCAUGAACGCUUUAGUAAGAACCAGCGCCAUUAUGUCAAAUGGGCCAUUCAUCCUCAAUCUUGACUGCGACCACUACAUCUACAAUUCCGUGGCUUUGAGGGAAGGAAUGUGCUUUAUGCUUGACCGCGGUGGCGAUAGAAUCUGUUACGUCCAGUUUCCACAGAGAUUUGAAGGUAUCGACCCAAAUGACCGCUAUGCUAACCAUAACACAGUGUUCUUUGAUGUCAGUAUGAGGGCACUUGAUGGGUUACAAGGUCCGAUGUACGUAGGAACUGGCUGUAUAUUUCGCAGGACAGCUCUUUACGGGUUUAGCCCACCAAGAGCGACUGAACACCAUGGCUGGUUCGGUAAGAAAAAGGUCAAGCUGUCUCUGAGAAAACCAAAGGCUGCGAAGAAAGAUGAUGAGGUUGCCCUGCCUAUAAAUGGAGAAUUCAACGAGGAAGACGAUGAUGGAGAUAUCGAAUCUUUGCUUCUCCCAAAAAGAUUCGGUAACUCUAAUUCCUUUGUUGCUUCUAUCCCUGUUGCUGAAUACCAAGGCAGGCUUCUACAGGACUUGCAGGGAAAGGGCAAGAACAGCAGACCAGCUGGAUCUCUUGCUGUCCCACGUGAACCCCUCGAUGCAGCCACCGUCUCUGAAGCUAUCAGUGUGAUUUCCUGUUUCUAUGAGGACAAAACCGAGUGGGGCAAAAGGGUUGGAUGGAUUUAUGGAUCUGUAACAGAAGAUGUGGUCACAGGCUACCGUAUGCACAACAGAGGAUGGAGAUCUAUCUACUGUGUCACCAAAAGGGAUGCAUUUCGUGGAACUGCUCCGAUCAAUUUGACAGAUAGACUCCAUCAGGUUCUCAGAUGGGCAACUGGGUCUGUGGAGAUCUUUUUCUCGAGGAACAAUGCUUUGUUUGCAAGCCCGAGGAUGAAGUUCUUGCAAAGAGUGGCAUACUUCAACGUCGGGAUGUACCCCUUCACCUCCCUUUUCCUCAUCGUUUACUGCAUUCUGCCAGCAGUAUCCCUCUUCUCGGGCCAUUUCAUCGUCCAAUCACUGGACAUAACGUUCUUGAUCUUCCUGUUGGCGAUAACCCUCACAUUGUGCAUGCUGGCCCUCCUCGAGAUCAAAUGGUCAAGCAUUACACUCCAUGAGUGGUGGAGAAACGAGCAGUUCUGGUUGAUCGGAGGGACAAGCGCACAUCCUGCAGCAGUUCUUCAAGGCCUUCUCAAAGUGAUAGCCGGAGUAGACAUCUCGUUCACAUUGACCUCCAAAUCAGCCACGCCAGAAGAUGGAGACGACGAGUUUGCGGAUCUUUACGUGGUGAAGUGGAGCUUUCUGAUGGUCCCCCCCAUCACAAUCAUGAUGGUGAAUCUGAUAGCCAUAGCAGUGGGCGUAGCCAGAACACUGUACAGUCCAUUUCCACAGUGGAGCAAGCUUGUCGGAGGAGUGUUCUUCAGUUUCUGGGUCCUCUGCCAUCUCUAUCCGUUUGCCAAAGGAUUGAUGGGAAGAAGGGGGAAAGUUCCGACCAUUGUGUUUGUGUGGUCUGGUUUGUUGUCGAUCAUCGUGUCCUUGCUCUGGGUUUACAUUAACCCUCCGUCUGGAAGAGAGGAAUACACGAGGUUUCAGUUCCCUUAGAGGGGUUUUGGCUGUUUGCUUCUGCUUCAAGGGUAGGUUAGGUGUGAUUGCUUGCUUGCGACCCAAGUCAAAGGGUAAUGAAGCUUCUUCUCGGCUUCACGAUUUGUGUAGCUCUCUUAUAUUUUGUAAUUGAAUUUCUCUUCUUGCUCGUUUCA